AUGGCGUACGCACAAUCAUGGCUCGAUCUGGAGAAGAGCCUGGGUGGCCGCACGGUCAUGAGCGGAACGCCAGAAGAGAUUCGUGCCCAGUAUGAUCAACUUGUGGCGUUGUUGCUUCCUCAAUUGCCUCCCCCAUCAGACGCCGUCGAGAGCAAAGACGGUGAAGUCGAGGGCAUCAAGUACCGCUUGUAUACACCAAAGGAAGCUGCCAAAUCAGGCCCGCUACCUGUCGCCAUCUGGACGCACGGUGGAGGCUGGAUGACUGGCGACCUCAACUCGGACGAUUUGCUCUGCAGGGUUGUUGCUGAAGCUGUUCCCUCGAUUGUCAUCAACAUCGACUACCGCCUUGCCCCCGAGCACAAGGUCCCCACACAGCUCCAGGACUGUUUGACCGUGUACAAAUGGGCACGACAAAACGCCGCCUCGUAUGGUGGUGACCCAAACAAAUUCUACACCGUUGGUGGCUCUGCAGGUGGUGCACUGGCGCUCCAAAUCGCCAACCGUCUGGUCAAAGACCCCUCGAAGCGCGAUGGCAUCAAGGGUGUCGCCGCCGUUGUGCCCUGUACGCUGCACUGGGACAACGUCCCAGAGGAGUAUAAGGGUAUCUAUAAAGCGUACGAGGAGAACAAGGAGGGCGUCCCUAUCAUCGACAAGAACUCGAUGCAGAUUUUCUACGAACACGCAGGCGCCGAUCCCAAGGACAGCGACAUCUUCACCGCUCUGGCCACAGAUAACCACGCCAACUUCCCUCCCACAUAUUUCGUCAGCUGUGAAAAGGAUCCCUUGAGAGAUGAUGCGUACGUGAUGGAAGCCGCACUGAAGAAGGCAGGUGUUCCUACCAAGCACGACCACUACAAGGGAUUGCCUCACUAUUUCUGGAUCUUCCCCUCUGUGCCCGAGGGGCAGCAGUUUGUGGCCAACUUGAUUGGGGGUAUCAAGUGGCUUGUGUCGCAGAUGUAA